CAUUUGGAUGCAUGCACUGUCUGCCUCGAGCCUGCCCUCUGCUCAAGAGACAGAAGCCCUCUGUUGCUCAUUUGACUCUCUGUCAUUCUUUCUCUCUUUUCUCUCCUCCUCUCACCCUCUCCCUCAGUUUCCAGCCUUCCCAUCUGUUAGUGAUUUAGUCACAGGCUCAGGGGAGAGGCAAGUCCGCUAGGGGAGAGGAAUCAGGACAGGGAGGGAGGGAGAGAAAGGGAGGAAGUCCACACAAGUUUGUUUUACAGGGCUCAGAUCAGGCUGGGACGAGGCACAGCUGCAUCUGGAGGUCGGAGUAGCAGAAAAGUGAAACCAACGGGAACAGCCCAUCAAGAGGAGCUGCCCAGAGAUUUUCCUACAGCCAGGAGACACUGUCAGAGACAGAGACAGAAAAAGAGGAUCAGUGCUCCACUGGGCAAACACACAAAUAUGGCUGCUAAAUCUCUGUCCUGCCUUUGCCUUCUCUGCAUCCUCUCAGGGAUUGCCUAUCCAGCUUCUGCCACUAGGCCUGGGGAACAGCAACAGUCAGUGCUGAAAGUGUGUGCGAAGGGAUUUUUCCUUAGUGAGCAAAACAUAUGCUUACCAUGUAACUGUAAAGGCCACGCUGACUACUGUGAAGACAUCACUGGCAUUUGCAUAAACUGCAGGGACCACAGUGCAGGUGAUUUCUGUGAAAUGUGUGAAGAUGGUUACAUGCUGGCUCCCAGUCUGGAUAGACGCCACUCCUGCCGACCUUGCGCCUGCCCCCUCUCAGUCCCCUCCAACAACUUCGCAGUGCACUGUGACAGAGGAGGUACCGUUCUGCGGUGCAAGUGCCAAGAGGGCUAUGCCGGACAUUUCUGUGAGAGGUGUGCUCCGGGUUACUAUGGCAACCCCAUGGCGAUUGGUAAUUCCUGUAAGAGGUGUGACUGUAACGGCAACUCUGAUCCCAACCUGAUCUUCAACGAGUGCCACAACGUGACAGGCCACUGCCAGCACUGCUGGGGAAACACCGCCGGUGCCAACUGUGAGAGGUGUGCCCCAGGUUUCUAUGGCGACGCCAUCACUGACAAGAACUGCAGAGAAUGCAUGUGCAAUAAAUGUGGCACCUCUUCAUGCGAUGACAGGACAGGAGUGUGUCACUGCAAGCCAGGUGUCACUGGACGACUCUGUGACCAGUGUGAGGAGGGCUACUCAGGUUUCUCCAGCUGUCAGGGCUGCCGGAGGUGUGAAUGCGGGCCAGCUUCUGUUCGUUCCACCUGCCAUCCUCUCACCCAUAGCUGUCCGUGCCGCCCGGGGGCUGGAGGUCGUUACUGCGAGCGCUGCCUCCCAGGUUACUGGGACUACAGCCCCUCCGGCUGCAAGAAGUGCGACUGUGAAAAGGGCCACUGUGAUAUGCACACCAGGAGAGUGCCUGCCAGAGGCUGCAACAGUCAACCUACUCAGUUUCAAGGCUGGAGGAACAAAUCAUCUGCAAUCAAGGCACAGACUGGGGAGCUGGAGGAGGCCACUGACACUGUGGUGUUAGACAUCAGACAGCUGGGAGAAUCGGAGAGUGUGGUGAUGACUUUGGGGAACAGGCUGGAUAACGACACAUCAGAAACCUUAACCCUGGCUGAGCAGCUCAGUACAAACCUCACUGAUCUCAACAUUCGCAUCGAAGAGAUGAUCCAUGACUGGGAGCUGUACAGUGUUCACCAGGAUGUGGACCCAGAGGUGGUCAGACGCAACACAGAGGAAGCCCAGGGAAUGGUGGCCUGGAUGAGGAAACUGGACCUGUCCCCACGAGAGCCCAUUGCCACUGACGA